GGCGUAGCCCGGAAGUAGGCGGGCGGCGGCGUCUGCGCGCGGAGGAGGUGGAGGAGGCGCCGGGCGGCCGCUUCCCGCCCCCGAGCCUGAGCCGGUGCCGAGCUGGGUAGAGCCGAGGUCGGACCCGGAGCGGAGCCGGCUGAGCGGGCGCCGAGUCCCCGCCAUGGCCCGGAACACGCUGUCCUCGCGCUUCCGUCGGGUGGACAUCGACGAGUUUGACGAGAACAAAUUCGUGGACGAGCAGGAGGAGGCGGCGGCGGCGGCGGGCGAGCCAGGCCCGGACCCUAGCGAGGUGGACGGCCUUCUGCGGCAAGGGGACAUGCUUCGGGCCUUCCACGCCGCCUUGCGGAACUCUCCUGUCAACACCAAGAAUCAGGCCGUGAAGGAGCGAGCCCAGGGCGUGGUGCUGAAAGUGCUCACGAACUUUAAGAGCAGUGAAAUUGAGCAGGCCGUCCAGUCUCUGGACAGAAAUGGCAUUGACUUGCUAAUGAAGUACAUUUAUAAAGGCUUUGAGAAGCCAACAGAAAACAGCAGCGCAGUGUUACUCCAGUGGCAUGAAAAGGCGUUAGCAGUAGGAGGACUAGGCUCCAUUAUAAGAGUUCUUACAGCAAGAAAGACUGUUUAAAAAAAUAAAAGGACUCAUGUUACCUUGAGAAGAAUUUUGGAUGCACAGGCUGACGAAGAAGGGAUUGCCAGUGGACCAUCUUCUUAGGAACUUCCAACUAAAGUAUUUCAGGACAUGCAUCCGCUGAAGUGUAUUUUAUUUUCAAGGUGGAGGGAGAACUCGUCUGUUUCCUAAAUCCUUUGCAGGAUCUGAUAGUCUAUGCCUUUGUCCACGAGUAACACAGAACUGACGUAACUGUCUACCAGAGCGGCUGGCCGGCGUUGGUCGGGUAUACCUGUGUGCUCUGCCUGUUUCACGUGGGGGAGGGACCAUCGAGGCAGGUACAGAUCCAAGGGCUGUGGUCAAAGGGAGAGCUUGUGUUUUUGAAGUAGUAAAACUUCGAGGGUUUGUACAGACGCCCCGUCUUCCCAGAGAAGACGGGCUCUCUUGGAUUCAUUGUAAAGUGCCUGCUGCAUCAAUAAAGCUCUUGGCUUAUUAGUAUGUACUUUGCGGUGUGUUUCAUGUAUGUAAAGUGAGUACGGAAUGGGAUGGUAAUGAAUGAGAAACUGAUGUGGGGGUGGGCGUGCCCCGCAGAGCCGGUCCGGGGAGUGAGCGUGGCGUCCGGCCCUCUUGCCACCGCAGUACCUCUGGCCUGGGCUCCGUGCUGCGGGCUGCUGUGGGGACAGAGUUUGGCGGACAACUAUUUAUUGGAUUUACUCCUUUGAUUUGUAUGUAAUUUUGAAGCUUAUUUAAUAAAGUACUAAACAUUCAAUUGA